UUCAGGGUCUCAAGGCUUUGGGCUUGCCUCCACUGCUUUCUCAGACCACAAGCACAGAGCCGGAUAGGAAUUGGGGCAGCCAUGAGACGGACCAGCACCCACAGGAUCCUGAUGCAUGUAAAACGAGGAUUUCAGCUGCUAGGCUGCUGCACUGGGUCCUGAUACAGGCAUUUUGCGCCUGCCCUAUAUGAUGGUUCAAAUAGAUUAGUUGCAAUGGACUUGCUUAUUGUAGGGUUAAAAACAAAAGAAACAUAAAAUGGCCCCUUCAGCUUUCCUCCAUUCCUAAUAAAAGGCAUAGACUGUUUGAUAGGCUUCUGAUCAUAGGAAAAGAUUUGUGGGCUUCAGGAUUAGGUGUUGCCUGUCUCCUUGAGCAAGAUGCAGCCUCCCAACCUGUUUCCUUAGCUAUAAAAAUGAGGUGAUAGCCUUGAUGUCUCUGUGUAGAUUAUGUGUUUACUUGAAGGCUCACCUGCAGAUAGAUGUUACUUUUCCUUCCUUUGUGUUUUCUGCUGUUUCCUUCUUAAGAAAAGGCUUAGGAGAAAAAAAGGACAGCACCUAGAAUUCUGUCUCCCCUUGGUGAUUGCUGUUAACAUUUGAUAUCUAGUCAUUAAUUCUUUCCCAGGUGAUCUCAAUUCAGUGUUUUUCCUUUUUCAGUUAUUUUCUGUCAACAAAAUUUCUUCCAUUGAUAUGAACACCCAGAGAGCACCAUUAGAGAGCCUUCAUGCACAGCAUCAGCGUGAAACAGAGCAGUUGGAAUGUUAAAGAAAUUCAUCAGGCUGCUGACUUUCUCAAAGUAGAAGAGGUGGUCACCAAAUGUAAAAUAAAGAUGGAAGAUUUUGCUUUUAUUGCUAAUCCCUCUUCUACAGAGAUAUCUAGUAUUACUGGAAAUAUUGAAUUGAACCAACAGACUUGUCUUCUUACUCUACGAGAUUAUAACAAUCGAGAGAAAUCAGAAGUGUCUACAGAUAUAGUUCAGUCAGAACCUAAACAAGGAACAUUACCUAAGAAGUCAUCUCAAACUAAAAAGAAGAAGACUUUCACCUCUCAGAAAACAAGGCUGAAUAAAACUGUGCAAUAUCCCAGUGACAUUUUAGAGAAUGCAUCUGUUGAAUUAUUCUUAGAUACAAAUAAAUUGUCCUCACCUGUGGUAGAACAAGUUGCACAAAGAAAUGAUAGUUCAGAGCUUGAAUUGACAUCUGUCGUGGAAAAUUCUUUCCCUACACAAGAUACUGUUGUACAAACUGUUACAGUGAAACAGAAACGUGGAAAAUCCGAGCCAAACUGUGCCCUAAAAGAACACUCUCUGUCUAAUAUAGCCAGUGUCAGGAGUCCUUACAUGCUGGAGGACUCCAGGGAAGAGCUGGAUCAGAGGUACUCCAAGGCCAAGCCAGUGUGUAAUACCUGUGGGAAGGUGUUUUCAGAAGCCAGUAGCUUGAGAAGGCACAUGAGAAUACAUAAAGGAGUCAAACCUUAUGUCUGCCAUUUAUGUGGAAAGGCCUUUACCCAGUGUAACCAGCUGAAAACACAUGUAAGAACUCAUACAGGUGAAAAGCCAUACAAAUGUGAACUGUGUGAUAAAGGAUUUGCUCAGAAAUGCCAGCUAGUCUUCCAUAGCCGCAUGCAUCAUGGAGAGGAAAAACCCUAUAAAUGUGAUGUGUGCAAUUUACAGUUUGCAACUUCUAGUAAUCUCAAGAUUCAUGCAAGGAAGCAUAGUGGAGAGAAGCCAUAUGUCUGUGAUAGGUGUGGACAGAGAUUUGCUCAAGCCAGCACACUCACCUAUCAUGUCCGCAGGCAUACUGGCGAAAAGCCUUAUGUGUGUGACACCUGUGGGAAGGCAUUUGCUGUCUCUAGUUCCCUAAUCACUCAUUCUCGAAAACAUACAGGUGAAAAACCAUACAUAUGUGGUAUUUGUGGGAAAAGUUUUAUUUCCUCAGGAGAGCUCAACAAACACUUUCGAUCCCAUACAGGAGAAAGACCAUUUAUCUGUGAAUUAUGUGGAAAUUCUUACACAGAUAUCAAAAAUUUAAAGAAGCACAAAACCAAAGUCCAUUCUGGUGCAGAUAAAACUCUGGAUGCCAAUGUAGAUCAUACUCUGAGUGAACAGGAGUCCAUACAGAAAAGUCCAUUGUCAGAAGCUCUGGAUGUGAAGCCUUCUGAUGUUACUUUACCCCUGGCUCUUCCACUUAGCACUGAAGAUCACCACAUGCUGCUGCCUGUCGCAGACAACCAGUCCCCUACAUCAGACACUUUGUUGAGGUCUGCCGUGAAUGGGUAUUCAGAACCACAGUUGAUUUUCUUACAGCAGUUAUACUGAUUUUGUGAGGAAUAUGGAAUUGCUAAGAUGUCUUUGGCAAUAAAGUAUAAAUAAUUCUUUAAGGUGCAUACAUUGAUACUGAAUUCACAUUCAUCCAAGUUGUGACCACUAUUUUUUCUAUUCAUUAAAGUAAAAGCACCCGAUUCUGUGUCAUAACUGCAAUGCUUGUUUUUGAUUUUUAGUUUUUAUGUCUCAACUACACAUUUAGACUUUGACAGAGUGAAUGAUACUAGGGUAGCACUGUUUUGGGUUGAUAAGUUUUAUUUUAAAGCUGCCUUAAUUUUAAUUUUAUUUUACAUUUCAGAAUUGCCCUUCAUUUACUGAGAAUCUGUGGUUUACAUGAUUUCGUUUAAUUUAUGGGAUUUUUUUUAUUCCCUCACCCCCAAAUUUAGGCAGAAUCCAUAAUAGUAGAGGCCCAAGAAUGUUGCUGUUUGUGAACACCAUCAACUUGUAUAAAACUAAGAAACUUCAUAGUUCUGCCUAUGAAAUUUAGGUACUAAAUAAUAAUUUUGCUAUUUCUUCAUUAAUAUAUUCCUUUAUAGGUAAUUUUUUUAAUGACAGAACAUGUUUCUUCAAAGCUAGAAAACUGUAUAUUUUCUUUUAUUUGAAAAGAGCAUUCUGAGGAAAACCAAUGGUCAGUCAGUACUUUUGGUUUGAGUUACAUGAGUCUGUAUUUUCAAAAUUUUAGAUAUUUGAUGUUUUUAUCUUGUCAAAAAUUAUAAAAAUUUGAUUCAGCUUAUGUUUUGUUAGAUUUUAGAUUAUUUGAAGUGAGAAUAUGCUGAGUUCUAAAAAGAUUUUGAUAAGCUGUUUUAUGCCUAUUAUGCACUUUCUAAAUAUUCUAAAAAGUUUCUAGAUGUAAACUUUAUGCAUACUAGAAAUCACUUGACUUCUAAAUUUGAUAUAUUGCAUAAAUUCAAUUUUAUGUAAACAUUUUGGAUUAUCAGAAAGUCAGUUUAUGAAAUCUUGUUUUGUAUGAACUUUGAGUUUUUCAAUUUUGUAAGUUAAACCACAGCUUUUGUUGUUGGUUGUCAUAGUUUCACGGUCGUCCAUUUUUUCCAAGUGAGUGUAGAAAUAUUUACUACCACUCUUUCCCAUCCUACUUUCCUAUUUAUUUCACCACCUAAUCUUCAGACAUUAAAUGAUCAGUUCCACAGAUUCAGUUCCUAUCAUGUUAGUCCUACUCCACAGUGAUGUUUUUGUUUGCCAUCCAUUAGUUGCGGCUUUUUUCCUGGAUUUAAACUUCACUUGUAAUAAAACGUUAAUGUGCUUUU